AUGGCCCCGCAAGACGUCAGCGGUCACGCCGACCUCCUCGACAACGGUCUCGACAACGGUUUCGACAACGGCAGUCAGGGCGAAGGUGAUCAAGCUGAGAUCAAAGCCCAAGAUGAUGCGGCCUUGCUGGUAAGACCCGAUAAUCCAGUUGCGCAAUGCACAGGACAGAACUUGGCUAACAGGACCUUCCAGCGGACCAUGGGCUAUAAGCCGGUUCUGCACCGAACAUACACUUUGUUCGAGAACUUUGCGACCACUUUCGCUGCGCUGUACUUUGUUGGCGGUGUUCGCGUCACUUUCAGUACCGGUAUCGCGGCCGGUGGUAACCUGGCUUACUGGACCAGUUACCUGGUGACCAUGGUGUUCACCUUUAUUACUGCUGCAGUUAUUGCGGAGGUCUGCUCGGCCUCCCCGUCGGCGGGUUCGAUCUAUCUGUGGGCGGCUGAGGCUGGUGGGCCUCGAUUCGGUCGACUCUUGGGUUUCAUCGUCGCUUGGUGGAGUACCACUGCUUGGACGACCUUCUGUGCCAGCAACACCCAGGCUGCUGCUAAUUAUAUGCUUUCGGAAAUCACUGUCUUCAAGCUCGAUUUCCCGUCCGACACUGACAGUGUCAAUUUCCGCGCGGUUCAAUGGAUCUGCACUGAAGUCUUGCUUGCGUUUGCUGCUUUGCUGAACUUCAUGCCUCCCCGAUACUUCAAGUAUGUCUUCUGGUUCUCUGCGGCAGUUGUCAUGCUUGACUUCUUCCUGAACCUGAUUUGGUUGCCCAUUGGAGUCGCACAAACCUGGGGUUUCCGUACCACCCAUGAGGCUUUCAUGACCACUUAUAAUGGAACCGGAGCCCCAGACGGCUGGAACUGGUGUCUCUCUUACCUGGCUACUGCUGGUAUUCUCAUUGGAUUCGAUGCCUCGGGUCACGUUGCGGAAGAAACCAAAAACGCCUCAGUCACUGCUGCCCGCGGUAUCUUCUGGAGUACCGUUGCAAGCGGAUUUGGCGGUCUCGCUACAAUUAUCCUGUUCCUAUUCUGCGCGCCCGAUACGGAGACGCUGAUGAGCUUCGGCUCCCCUCAGCCAUUCGUGCCUCUGUACGCUGCCGUUCUUGGCGACGGCGGCCACAUCUUUAUGAACUUCAUCUGCAUUUUCGCCUUGUGGCUGAACACCGCCAUUGCCAUUAUCGCCGCUUCGCGUCUCGUCUUCGCAGUCGCCCGCGACGGUGUCCUUCCCUUCUCGGGUUGGGUUUCCAAGGUCAACAACGGUCAGCCCCGUAACGCCGUCAUCGUUGUCUGGGGUGUCGCCUCUCUGGUCACUUGCACCAUCCUUCCCUCCAAUGUGGCAUUCACCUCCCUCGUCUCGGCCGCCGGUGUCCCCAGCGCUGCAGCCUACGGUCUGAUUUGCCUUGGUCGUCUGUUCUGCACCCCGACCCGAUUCCCCAAGCCGCAAUGGAGUCUCGGUCGGUGGAGCAAGCCUUUCCAGCUCAUUGGUGUGUUCUGGAAUGGCUGGGUCGUCGCUAUCCUGUUUUCGCCCUACGCGUGGCCUGUCACUGGCGAGAACUUGAACUACGCCCCCAUUAUCAUGGCUGGAGUUACUAUCUUGGCCUUGAUCUCGUACUUCAUGAUGCCGGAAAGUGCUUGGCUUCCUUCCGACCGUAUCACCCACUUCAUUGAUAGCAAGGGCGCUACUGAGACUGUGGAGGAAGUUCACUCAGAGCAGGGACCGGUUCAUCGAUGA